UUGAAAAUGGCUGAUAAAUCAAUUUUAAGGAAGCAUAGAAGAAGACAGUAUAUCAAGUUUAGUAAUAGUAUGUGCUGAGCGAGGAAUCCAAGCGUGGGUAAGAUAAGUCUAUAUGACCACUCCAACCAUUGAAUAUAACUUACUCCUGACUUUAGAGGAUUUUCAUAGCCCAUUGAAAAAUAAAUUUAUCUCUGAGGUGAUUUUAAAGCUUUCUAACCAAGACCCCUGUGUCAAGCUCAAGCAGGGCUGAAAAUUCAACAAGGAACAACUGAGCCCAAGAGUCGAGUAUGACUGCAUUAGCAAUGACAAAAGAGGAAGAAUAUCUCAACAAAGAAAGAUGAAUUUGGAUAAAAAUUAUUUUAAGAAUAAAAGAAAGUCUCUUGAUGAAUGCAAAGCUUUUGCUAGCGGAAAAUAAAUUUAAAAUUCAUGAAAAGAAAAACGACAGAGAAGUUUCUAACAACUUAAGAAGCAAUUUGUUUGAUGCCAUACUUCAGGGGAGAUUUGAGAGGAAUACCAGCAAUUGCCUACAUGUUAAUAACAUCCCAAGUUCUUUUUAUAAUAUUAAGAACAUCCAAUUUGACUAUAGCAGUUUCAAAUAGAGUUAGAGAUCAUAACAAAAGCGCCCAGAAAUCUGGAAGUAAUCUGUUGACACUUUGCUUAGGAGAUACCCCAUGAAAUAUUUCUCGAACAAAUUUAUCAUCUCAGAAAUAAAUCAAAGGAGGUAUAUGCAUCACCAAGAUUUCCUAUUCUGUCUACUAAAACUGCCAAAAGGACUCCUUCAGAGAAAACUCGAAAAACAGAAAAGAGCAGUAGGAAUAUGCCUUCAAUUAAGAGGAUAAAAAUAGGAUUGCCUACUUACAAAGACUUUUACCAAAAACAACACAAUUCUAAACCUCUAAGAAAGCCCAAAGAUUUACGAAAUAUUAAGCAAAGGAGUAAGUCUAGGAAUCCCAGUCAGAGCUCUGAGAAAUUGAUGAGUUAUUUUAACUCCAAAAGACUUGAUCGAGCAGCUUCAAAAUUUCACAAAAAACAAAAGAGUAACAUAAAACUGGUCCAAAAUGAAGGUCCGAUAGUAGAGGGAGGCCUUUGCCCUUACAACUACAAAAGCAGUGUAAAGCUAUGCAAAUCAACGACAGGGAUAGUUCUUUAGUCAAUAAAUAGUGCAAUUGAAUAUUUUCAUUGAGUUUCAACCCUC